AUGGGGCAGAAAAUCCAGCAAGUUACCAGCUGGGCCUUACCCUUUUCCGAUAAUCGUAAUGAGCAAGUAGUUGAUAUUGGUGAUGCUGCGUUUAUCACAUCGCUUAAUCUCAUGUCAUCCACUCUUUUCUCGACUGAUUUUGCUCAAUUUAAUUCCAAAUCUUCCCAAGAAACAAAAGAAGUUGUGCGGGGUUUGAUGACAGUUGGAGCAGUUCCUAAUCUUGCAGAUUUCUUCCCUGUUCUGAAGUUCAUCGAUCCACAAGGCCUUUUGCGAGAAACCAAGAGUUACAUUAGCAAAGUAUUUGUAAUAUUUGAUGAUUUGAUCAAUCAACGGUUGAAGUCAAGAGGUGAAUCACUGGAUCAUCCGGUGAAAAAUGAUUUCCUAGAAGCGAUCCUCAACCAUAACCAGACAAACCAAUCCGAAUUAACCUUUGACGUUCUAAAGCAUCUACUUCUGGAUUUAUUCGUUGCAGGGACAGACACUACUUCUAGCACGGUGGAAUGGGCAAUGACUGAAUUACUACGGAAUCCUGAGAAAAUAAGGCAGUGCCUCUCAAGGCUUGCCCAAUCAAACUGUGAGGCCUCAUGUUCUGUCUCACUGGGCACCCACUAUUCCUCGUUGAAUGAUAUGGCGCCCUUGCAGCAAUGUAAUGAGCAAGAAGUUGAUAUUGGUGAUGCUGGGUUUAUCACAUCGCUUAAUCUCAUGUCAGCCACUCUUUUCUGGACUGAUUUUGCUCAAUUUAAUUCCAAAUCUUCCCAAGAAACAAAAGAAGUCUAUGCUGAUAGACCACAUCUGAAGAGGAAAUCAGAUCUUGAAUUUCAGCAACCUGAAGAGUAA